AUGGUAGCGAGAAACGCCUGCUGGUGGCUGAGUCCGUGGAAGAAGCUCGACCAGGAGUGGCAGGCAGCCUGCGCGCGGGGCCAACAGCAGCUCGCCAAGCUUGCAGACAGCUUGCAAAAAACAACAUACCUUACUGGUGAGCACUGGGGAUCGCUUGCUGAUAGUGAGCAAAUUCGACACCGUGCGUCUUCACGUUUAUGGGAUCUGGCGCAUAGGUGCAGCAAGCGCCUUCAAGAUGAGGUAGAUGGCCUGGCAGACAUUUUUGCGCGGAUGCAGCGGCUGGUAACGGAUGGUCAAGCAAACAGCCUGGACGAGAAGCGCAAGCAACGAUAUGGGACGCUAUUGCUUGAGGUGCUGAUGAUGUAUAAGCACGAGCUGGUGGCAAAGUCACUUAUCGCUAGCGACAUCUUCGAGUGCUUUAAACAUGAGACCGUGACCAUAUAUCUGGCAUCGUGGCAGAUGCAGCCGCACAUUGAUCUGCAGCGCCUGGAGGAGCUUGAAACAUUGAUUCAGAAUGACCUCCACUAUCAGACUCAGACACCACGUCGCUGAGAGUACUGCCAAGAUUUUGCUAAUCGUCGUCAUUGGGAGGCAACGGCUAUGAUAGCGGUCUCCUUAAAUCGAUUUAAGUCGAUCGCAAACAUAUAAUUGAAGCGCUACUGUAUAAUGGCAAAGGGACAUCAGUCUGCACCUCGGUAAAUAACAUCUGCUCCUUUUUGACAAGAA